AUGCGAGAGACUGUUGAUACCAUGGCCACCGGUGAGGAUAUUCUCUUUAACUGUGUUGUGAGUUAUGCUUCGCAAUCAGCACCACUUCUUCUCUCGACCAGUAAGACAACGUCACAGUGCACAAAUUGCCCACCCAGUGAAUUGACCAAUUACAUGGGCACUCCUGACUUUGGAACCAAUCAGACACGGCCCAAAGUGGAACCUGAUGAAGUGCUUGCCUACAGACAUACCUGUCUUCGUGCCUUCUCUAAUGCCUUCCAGUCCCUACAUCUUUCAGCCAGCUUUGCGGAUCCCGAAAAUGGAAAGCACUUCGGACUGGCGAAUUCCAUGCAAUUUCCCUAUCUUCCUCUUUACUAUAGCAAUCUUCGAUUUGUAAUUUCUGAGGCUUGA